AAACCCACAACCCUUUGCGCGCCCGUCUCGCUCCUAACGCGUCAUAAAGAAGAGGCGGGAUCAAAAGCGACAAGAGCAGGCACCGAAGAUGGCGGCGCCCGUGAAUCAGGCGGCGCAGCAAGUCCAGCAGGGGCUUCAGCCAGCAACGCUGCAACAGCAGCUCAGCCUGCAGCAGGAUUUCGACCCUGUUCACAGGUUCAAAAUGCUGAUCCCACAGCUUAAAGAAAGCCUCCAGAAUGUCAUGAAUAUUGCAUCUCAGAAUCUAGCAUACAAUACCACCAUUGAUAAUGGCAUAAAAAGCAGCGAUGCUUCAGUCCAGCGGUUUGAUAAGAGUUUGGAGGAGUUUUAUGCCCUAUGUGACCAGCUAGAGUUGUGUUUGAGGCUGGCUUACGAGUGUCUCUCCCAGAGCAUCGACAGUGCCAAGCACUCUCCUAACCUGGUGCCAACGGCGACCAAGCCAGACACAGUGCAGACAGAGAGCCUCUCAUACACCCAGUACCUGAGCAUGAUCAAAUCCCAGAUCACCUGCGCCAAGGAUAUCCACAACGCACUGCUGGAGUGUUCCAAGAAGAUCGCAGGCAAGGGGCAGCCCCCGGGAACUCUCUGACACGCUUUUCAUGGCUGUUUGAGACCCUUGCAGGAUGUGCGCUACGAAUCCGUUCCACCCUGCAGAAAGUCCGCUGCGAUCGUGUUUGUUUCAAAUAGAUUUUAAACGUAAAGAAUAAAUAUCUUGAAAUGUAAUCUGUAUACCAUCAGGGACACCUCGGGUGAAGUAAAGAUGUCAAAUCUUACUUACAAAUUAAAACACCCAUUUAGUUGUUUUAUAGAAGAAAAUACUAUCCAGCGGCUGUCCCAAUUAAAACGAGAGGCAUUUGAGAUG